AUGUUUGAUUUCAAGAUUUUAGAUUUACCAGCUGUCAUCUUUGACAAUGGAUCAGGAUCAUGCAAGGCUGGACUUGCUGGGGACAAUUCUCCAAGGUCAGUUAUUACUGCCAUUGUUGGACAUUGCAAUAUUAACUCGUCUAUGGUUGGAGCAGAUCAUACUCCAUACUAUGUUGGAGAAGAGGCUCAGGUGAAAAGAGGUAUCCUAAAUUUGAACUAUCCUAUUGAACACGGAAUAGUAACCUCUUGGGAUGACAUGGAAAAAAUCUGGAGAUAUAUGUAUGACUGUGAACUUCAUCUUAAAUCCAGUGAACGGCCCGUCUUAUUGACAGAACCUGCUUUGAAUCCAUUAAAGAACCGUGAAAUGAUGGCUGAGAUAAUGUUUGAGACCUUUAAUGUCCCAGCAAUGUAUGUUGCAGUACAAGCUACUCUAGCACUAUAUGCUGAUGGCCGUACCACUGGUAUAGUUCUGGAUAUUGGAGAUGGAGUUACCCAUGUGGUGCCCAUAUAUGAUGGCUACUGUUUACCACAUGCAGUGUCCAGGGUUAAUGUUGCAGGAAGAGACAUCACAGAACAUUUUAUGAGGCUUCUUUUGGAAUGUGGACAUUCAUUUGUAACAACUGCUGAGAGAGAAAUAGUAAAGGACAUGAAGGAGAAGCUCUGCUAUGUUGCCCUGGAUCCGAACCUAGAAAUGAAAAGAAAAUGUGAAGAAAUCAUGAAAGAGUAUGAACUUCCUGAUGGUAAAAUCAUCACAGUAGGUAACCAGCGGUUUAGAGCUACAGAGAUAAUGUUUACCCCGGCUAACAUUGGCCUUGAGACACCUGGGGUGCAUAAAAUGAUCUUUAAUAGCAUUAUGAAAUGUGGUAUAGAUAUCCGCAAGGCUCUUUACCUUAAUAUAGUUUUAUCAGGAGGUUCUACUCUCUUCCAAGGAUUUGAUGAGAGGCUGCUGAAGGAGAUGCAACUCCAGCUACCAAUUGACUUGCCAGUAGGGAUAAGAGCACCCCCAGAAAGAACAUACAGCGUGUGGAUUGGCGCAUCCAUCCUGACUUGUAUAAAAUCCUUCAGGAAAAUGUGGAUCACUGCCCCUGAUUUUAAAGAAUAUGGCCCUUCUGUGGUUCACAAGAAAUGCUUUUAA